GGUUGAUUUGUUGUUUUUGCAAAAUUAUUGUUUGGUAUCGAGUGGAGACAAAUUACACAGAAAUUAAAGCAAGUGGAAAAAUUCAUCAGCAGUUUUACAUAAAUUUAUUGCCGUUUGUAUCGAUAAGAAGAGAAAUACAAUUAAAUAGCUAAAAUGGUGAACGAAAAUGAUGUGGUCAAAGUGAACAAUGAGGACGAGUUAUCUACGAAUCCCUUGGAAGAAUCAAGCGUUACCAUGUUGGACGUUUUGGAAGAGGAAAAGGAGUUGGAAGAGGAAUAUGCCGCCGUACUUGGAGCAUCCGACGAGAAAAGUUGCACGUACAUUUUGGGCCCAGUAAAACGACAGGCAUUGUAUUCUUGUCUGACCUGUUGCCCAGAGGGUCGCGACAAUUUGGAGAAAUGUGCUGGCAUUUGCUUAGCCUGUUCUUACCAAUGUCAUGAGAAUCAUGAAUUGAUUGAAUUGUACACAAAAAGGAACUUUCGUUGCGACUGCCCAACCGAGCGAACAGGUGCAAAUCGUUGCACUUUAAAUGUGGGUCUCAAGCAACCCGAAAAGGUAAAUGCAGAUAACUUGUACAAUCAAAAUUUCCAGGCCUUGUAUUGUGCAUGUCAUCGCCCGUAUCCAGAUCCAGAACGUACCACAGAUGAGCUAAUGCUGCAAUGUGUUGUUUGUGAGGACUGGUUUCAUUUGCAGCAUUUAAAUGCUCCCGCAAAUGCCGAUAAACUUGUGGAUGCAUGCAGUGAAAUGAUAUGCGGCACUUGCAUGGACCAACAUACAAUUUUACAGAAUUAUACAGGGUUGGCAUUGAAAAAAGUUGAAUCUUUGGAUGAAACGGUUGGCGGAAAUUUAAGUGUUGUAGGUAGUACCGAUGUAACCAAAUGUGAAGAUAAUGAUGACAACAAAUUGAAGAGCGAUUUGGAUAAAAGUAUUUCGGAAAUUAUGAAUAUGAGCGAGACAAAUGGUUCGGUAGCAGCGGGAGAAGAACCUUCUGCGAAGCGGCAAAAAAUGGAUGAUGCUGAUGAAAAUACUGAGCAGAAAUGUCGUCGACCCUCUCAAAAAGAAGAUUACGAAAAAGGACCCACCUUUUGGGGACCAGAUUGGAGAUCCGCCCUUUGCCGCUGUACUGCAUGCAUGUCUGUAUAUGAGAGUGAAAAAAUUGAAUAUCUAUUGGAUCCUGAAGAUUCGGCUAAAAGUUAUGAGGAACGUGGCAUAAAGAAACAUGGUACCGAAUCAUCAUAUGAACAAGGUAUUCGUGCUUUAGCUUCUAUUGAUCGAGUACAGCAAAUUGAUGUCAUCACCGAAUACAACCGAAUGAAGGAUAAACUUAAGGAAUAUUUGCAAACAUUUGUGGCCAGCAAAAAGGUAGUCACUGAAGAAGACAUAAAUCGUUUCUUUGCGGAAAUGCGCAAUGAGAAAAACGUUGAAAUCGGUUUGCCCUAUAUGUGUCGCUAAGAUUCUACAUCUUAGUUACUAUUCACAUAAAUUUAACAUUUAUAUAUACAUAAAUAACAAAUAUAUUUAUCUGUCUAUAUACACAUUUACUUAUACUACUGUUUGGAAAGCAUAUUCAAGAAAAAUGCUUCUAAUCGAUGAUAUUAUUACAUUCCCAUUUAUUGUCACUGUUUUUUUUCUCUCUAAAUAAUUUGUCUUUAUUUUUGUUGAUGCAAGGUUCUUAUUAAUAAAUUAAAUUAUACUCCAAACAAA